GCUUUGCUAGCGGUACUGGGUUACCAACGAGUUUGGGGGAAGAUACACGAAACGAAUUUAAUAUUCAAAGCAACUUUGUGAGGACUCCACCAAGCAAGAAAUCUCAAGUCUUUUUGGUUGCUGAAGGGACUGGCUGUGAGCGCCCGGGUUCCAACAUGGAGACGCUACAGAGAAUUCAACCAAACAGGCAAGUGAUGGCCUUUAUUUUGGUAGUGUUCUUGUCUCAGGCUCGCUCGGAGCCUAUUCGUUAUUCUGUGCUGGAGGAAACAGGGAGCGGCUCCUUUGUAGCCCAUCUGAGCAAGGACUUGGGCCUGGGAAUUGGGGAGCUGGCCGCCAGGUCGGCCCGGGUGGUGUCUGACGAUGACAAGCAGCGCUUGCUGCUGGAUCGUCAGACUGGAGAUUUGCUUUUGCAGGAGAAACUAGACCGGGAAGAGCUAUGUGGCCCCAUUGAACCGUGUGUAUUGCAUUUCCAGCUGUUGCUGGAUACGCCGGUGCAAUUUUUUGAAGGAGAAUUAUCAGUCCAGGACAUAAAUGACCACUCCCCAGUAUUCCCGACUAGGGAAAUGCUCUUGAAAAUACUGGAAAACAGCCAGCCAGGGGCUACUUUUCCCUUGAAAUUAGCUCAGGAUUUGGAUGUGGGCAGCAAUGGUCUUCAAAAAUACACUAUCAGCCCCAAUUCAUAUUUUCACGUUCUUACUCGAAAUCAUAGUGAGGGUAAGAAAUACCCAGAUUUGGUGCAGGACAAGGCGCUGGAUCGAGAGGAGCAGCCCGAGUUCAGCUUAACCCUCACGGCGCUGGAUGGUGGGUCUCCACCUAGGUCUGGCAGCGUCACGGUGAGAAUCCUGGUCAUGGAUGUUAAUGACAAUGCUCCCGAGUUUGUGCGCACCCCAUAUGAGGUGCAGGUCCUGGAAAACAGUCCCUUAGAGUCUCCAAUCAUUACUGUCUUAGCCAAGGAUAAAGAUGCUGGAAACUUCGGGAGAGUUUCCUAUGGCUUGUUCCAAGCAUCAGAUGAUAUUAAGCAAACUUUCUCAAUAAAUGAAGUCACAGGAGAAAUCCGACUGACAAAGAAAUUGGAUUUUGAACAAAUUAAAUCUUACCAAGUGGAGAUUGAAGCUACAGAUGGAGGAGGCCUUUCUGGAAAAGGCACCGUAGUCAUAGAGGUGGUGGACGUGAACGACAACGCCCCUGAACUGUCCAUAUCUUCACUCAUCAGCUCUAUCCCAGAAAAUGCCCCUGAGACCAUAGUCUCCAUCUUCCGAAUUCGAGAUAGAGACUCUGGAGACAAUGGGAAGAUGAUUUGCUCUAUUCCAGAUAACCUGCCAUUCGUUCUAAAACCGACUUUCAAGAAUUUCUAUACCCUGGUCACAGAGAGCCCGCUGGACAGAGAAAGCAGAGCCCAGUACAACAUCACCAUCACCGUCACCGACAUGGGAACCCCCAGGCUGAAAACCCAGCACAACAUCACCCUGCUGGUGUCCGACGUCAACGACAACGCCCCCGCCUUCACCCAAACCGCCUACACCCUGUUCCUGCGCGAGAACAAGCCCGCCCUGCACAUCGGCAGCGUCAGCGCCACAGACAGGGACGCGGGCGCCAACGCCCAGCUCACCUACUCGCUGCUGCCGCCCCGCGACCCGCGGCUGCCCCUGGCCUCGCUCGUGUCCAUCAACGCGGACAACGGCCACCUGUUCGCCCUGAGGGCGCUGGACUUCGAGGCGCUGCAGGCGUUCGAGUUCCGCGUGGGCGCCACGGACCGCGGGUCGCCCGCGCUGAGCAGCCAGGCGCUGGUGCGCGUGCAGGUGCUGGACGCCAACGACAACGCGCCCUUCGUGCUGUACCCGCUGCAGAACGGCUCCGCGCCCUGCACCGAGCUGGUGCCCAGGGCGGCCGAGCCGGGCUACCUGGUGAGCAAGGUGGUGGCGGUGGACGCAGACUCGGGCCAGAACGCCUGGCUGUCGUUCCAGCUGCUCAAGGCCACGGAGCCCGGGCUGUUCGGCGUGUGGGCGCACAAUGGCGAGGUGCGCACGGCGCGGCUGCUGAGCGAGCGCGACGCGGCCAAGCACAGGCUGCUGGUGCUGGUCAAGGACAAUGGCGAGCCCGCGCUGUCGGCCAGCGUCACGCUGCACGUGCUGCUGGUGGAUGGCUUCUCGCAGCCCUACCUGCCGCUGCCCGAAGCGGCGGCCGACCAGGCGCAGGCCGACCCGCUGACCGUGUACCUGGUCAUCGCGCUGGCGUCGGUGUCGUCGCUGUUCCUGUUCUCGGUGCUGGCGUUCAUCGCGGUGCGGCUGUGCAGGCGGAGCAGGGCCGCCUGGGUGGGUGGCUGUUCGGUGCCUGAGGGCCACCUUCCGGGCCACCUGGUGGACGUCAGCGGCACUGGGACCCUGUCCCAGAGCUACCAGUAUGAGGUGUGUAUGACGGGAGACCCUGGGACUGGUGAGUUCAAGUUCCUGAAGCCAAUAUUCCCUAGCCUCUUGGUUCAGGACCCUGAGAAAGAAAAUUCCAACUGCAGGAAUAGCUUUGUAUUCAGUUAAGUGUUGUAUUAGUGAAGUGAGCUUCUCCUUAAUUUUUGCCAACCUAAUUGCCGUUGCUAUGCAUUUCUUUUAAGAAAUUGUAUUGUUCUCUAAAUAUGUAUAUCUCUGUUCCAAACCAAUGCAUGCCCCUGAUCGUGCUAGGUUUCUUUCUUUUAUUAAUAUUUAUUGGACUUUGCAUUUCUACUUACACUAAACAGUGAGUAUGUAUUUUCUCCGUAUUUGACCUUCUCAGUGGUUUAUGCUUUUCAUGGCUAUAAAUUACUCAAGUAGUGUAAGAAGACAUUUUGUUUAAAUCAACUUCUUAAUUAGUUAAUGUCUUUUUUAAUGAAACAUUUUAAAGCUUUUAUGUAAUCUUUCAUUUCUAUAUAUUCGUGGUUCUUGUCUUUACCAUAUACCUUUAUCAUUAUGAGACCAGAAUGUUUUAAAUUUUUUAUAGCUACCUAGACCUUUCUUGUUGGCUAGUCUAUCAGGCUAUGCCCCCUGAAUAACCAUGAGCAUAUAAUUUUGCAUACUUGUUUCUCCCAAAUUGUACAUAAACAUGCACUUCAUUAAAAUAUUAACACUCCAAAAGUGUGACCUCCCAUUGUGGGCAUCAUAUAUGCUAGAGAUUUUCUUAUUUGAUUGCUACUUGCCUUGUGCAUUGUAUAUACUCCAUAAAUACUCACUAAUGUUAUAAUUUUUAAAAAUUAUUCUCUAUUAUAACUAAUCAUCAAAGAGUAAAUCUUAUAUAAUCUGGAAUCACUUUUACUAAGUAAAACUAAGUCAUUGCUUGGUUUCAAAAAUAAUCUCAGAACUUUAAUUAAAAUGUAAAUCCUUUCAUAGGAUUUGAGAUGUGCAGGGCAUGAUAUACUUCCUUGUCCUUCCUUUUGUAUGUUUCUCUUGGUUUUCUGCAGCUUCUCCCUACUUCUCAAAAGAGUCAAGUAAUUUUUUAUGAAUUUCAGUUAUUCUGUUCAAAUCUGAUUUCAGGUGAUAUCAGAUUUUCACUUUAAUUUACUUUGCAGACAUGGACAGCCUUUGUCAACAAACUAACAAUUUAUUUUUUAUUUUUGUUAUCUUCUGUUUUGUUAUUCAGUGUAGCUUUUAGAUAUUUUGUAUACAUUUAUUAAUUAUGCUGAACUUUCUUUUGUAGGAAAUAAGCAUUAUUUUGUCCUUAAGGACAAUAAGAAUAGAAAUUAAAUAAGAUAAAAAAUGAACUUAUCUGAAUUAUUAUUGUUUUAUGUUGUGUUCAAUAAGUCAAGUUACCUAAUCAUGUGAUUUUCAACUAAAUUUAUAUGAAUAUACAUAAAACCACUUAGUUGAACUUUUGGCACAAUAUGAGCUAUUAAAGAGCUUGCUUUAUAGUCUAAAUAUUUAUUUUGAAAUCUCGAGUAUCAUCCUACUAGAAUUUAAUUACUUGCACUUUUCCCAGAAUUACUUUUUUUCUAAGGAUAUAAUGAAAU